GGCUCAACGAGAUCAUGAAGGCGAAAAAGAAUCGCCUUGAAGAUGAGGUGAACACUUUGAGAGGACCACUAGUAUCACACGUUGGUGUAGUCGAGUUAUAAAUUGACCAUCGAUCAUUGAUAAUAUAUGAAAUUCAACUUGAUUCUAAUUCUCUCAAGCAACACAUGGCAUCCGAAAAACGCGCUCCUAUGGACUCGGCCGCAGGUGAUAAGUUCUUUCUUGCACCGCUAACGCGUCCUUUUCUAGCCCGUGUAGCUGAGCUAGAGAAGGCCUCGUAUCCUGCAGACGAAGCCGCCAGCCCAGAGAAACUGGAGUACCGCUUGAAGAAUGCUGGCGAUUUCUUCUGUGGAUUGUUUCGAGGCAACGCCCAAGACCAAGACCAGAGUCCGGAUGCUUUAGUCGGUUUCAUCUGCAGCACCUUAGCCCUUGGCGAACUGACCGAAGAAUCGAUGUCACAGCACAAUCCAACCGGAACGACAUUGUGCAUCCACAGCGUGGUGAUCGACGAAAGGUACAGGCGGAGGAAACUGUCGACUGGUAUGCUUGUGCGGUAUGUGGAACAUGUGCAAAAGCUUCUAGCGAAAAGCCUGACGGUAGAAAAAACAGCCUUAAUCUGCAAGGAAAACCUGAUCCCACUCUAUAGUGGUGUCGGUUUCCAGCUGGAGGGGCCGUCUAAAGUAUGUCACGGGAAGGAUCCUUGGUUCGACAUGUCGUUAGUGAAUGCGAGUUGGUCUGCGCCUAUUGUUAUUGAUGUUGGGAACGUUGUUUCAUGAUCAUGACAGGCUUUGUUUUAAAAUUUUAUUUCAUUGGGCUCUUUUUAGUUGAACAAGAC